GGUUUUUCCUAGUAGUUACAAACUAUACUAAUGCGGAAGUGAUGUACUCUCUUAUACAAGUUUCUGCUAUUUAUAUAUACAUAAACACUAAGAUAAAAAAGAAAAGCUUGUGUUGGUUGAAGGACCAAUUCAAGAAAUAACAUUAUGUAUCCUACCGUAAAUGAAACCGAUCAUGAUCAUGUAUAUGCAGCUAAUAAUCAUAGCCAUCCCCCUCAAGGCUAUGUCCUACAAAUGCCAAGUUAUGGCAUACCACAGCCUUAUCCUCCUCCUCCUCCUCCAUAUAUCAGCAACAGUUCAAGGGCCAUCCCAAGAACACAUCACUGGUCAACUGGUCUAUGCCGUUGUCUUGAUGAUCCUGGAAUCUGUUUGGUCACUUGCUGCUGCCCUUGUGUUACUUUUGGAUUGAUAUCAGAGAUAGUAGAUAAAGGAAAUUCAAGUUGCACUUGUAAUGGAACAAUUUAUGGGGCGUUAUUGGCUAUGACAGGACUUGCAUGUUUGUAUUCAUGUUAUUAUAGAUCCAAACUGAGGGCACAAUAUGACUUGCCAGAGGCACCUUGUAUGGAUUGCUUAGUUCAUUUUUGUUGCGAAACUUGUGCUCUUUGUCAGGAAUAUAGAGAGCUCAAAAACCGUGGAUUUGACUUGAGCAUAGGGUGGGAAGCUAACAUGGAAAGACAAAGACAAGGAUCAGUUACAGUUACAGUGGCACCACCUAUGAUUUCACCAGCUAUGACAAGAUGAAAAAAUAAUGAAACAUCUUUAGGAGCUCCUUUCACUAUCCAUGGAAACUGUUGAUGUUGUUUCAACUUUUUUGUUUUGUAUAUAUUUUGCUUGUUGCUUGGUUUCAGUGGUUUUUGGUAAGCACAUAUUUUUGUCUUAUAUCAGCAGCAUGUAAUGCAAGAAGUUUCUUUGAUCUAAAGUUCAACAAUAAGUUGGAUUAAUUUAUUUUGAGAGGAGGGUCGUUAUUCUUGGCAGUUUAGUUUUGCUUUGGUUUGGAUGAAGGUUUUGAUUUGAUUGUGUAUUUUGAGAUCUAGUUUUAUGUGAAUGUGGUUAGUUUUACUGAUUGUAUGGAUAAAGGAGAAAGAAGAAUGCUUCCGGUGGAGAUAAUUCAUAAUAUGGUGCUACAUGUACUUUUUCCAUCAUGAUUUAUUGGUUAGUUUUUUACUGCAUCA